UUAACAACAUUUUCUGGACCAUUGCAACUAUCUUCUUCCUGCAUCAAGAAUAUUAUUCAUUCCAUCCUAUUUCACCUACUAAUUUAAUCCCAAUACUUCUUUAUUCAUUAAUGUGUGUGUGUGUGUGUGUAUAUAUACAUAUAUUGCACGUACAAAACUAACAUAAUAUAGUCUUUAAUUGUAUUGAAAUAUAUAUAUAAUUGAUUAUCGAUAGAUGGCCGGAGGAGGAGGAGAAGGUGUGUCGUUGGAGUACACGCCUACGUGGGUGGUGGCUCUCGUUUGUACGGUCAUCGUCGCCAUUUCCUUGGCUGCCGAAAGAGUCCUUCACUAUGCUGGCAAGUUCUUGAUGAACAAAAAACAAGGACCCCUUUUCGAGGCCUUGCUAAAGAUCAAAGAAGAGUUGAUGCUGUUGGGAUUUAUAUCUCUGCUGCUGACAGUAUUCCAGAACAGAAUAAGUACAAUAUGCAUACCUAAACACUUGACUAAUCAUUGGCUACCUUGCAACAACUCACUACCAAAUCACGACGACAACGACGAUCAUGGAAAAUCAACUGCCGGUGGCGGUGGUGGGUGGCCACCGCCGCCCUUCUCGCCGGACCGUCUGAUUCUCUAUUCACAUGAACUUGGGUCGAGCCCCUCGACUAAUAUAACGUAUUACAAUGUUGGUUUUAUUUUGUUAAAGGGUAUGGCUGCAUUGCUGUCUCUAAAGGCAUUGCACGAUCUUCACAUAUUCAUAUUCGUGCUAGCUGUUGUCCACGUCGUUUACUCUGCUCUUACCAUUCUCUUCGGAACUUUAAAGAUACGGCAGUGGAAACAAUGGGAAGACUCUAUUCAGAAAAAGGAAGAACAAGAUCCUGAAAAAGGGCACGAGAAAGUAACACAUGUCCACCAACAUGAUUUUAUCAAGGCAAGAUUCCGUGUAUGCGGAAAAGAUUCCGCUUUGCUGACUUGGGUGCAUUCGUUCUUAAAGCAAUUUUACGGAUCUGUUAAUGAGUCCGAUUACACCACUCUCCGACGAGGAUUCAUCACGAAUCACUACAGGGACAAUCCCAAGUUCAAUUUUUACAAGUACAUGUCUCGUGCUUUCGAAACCGAUUUCAGGAAAGUCGUCGGAAUUAGUUGGUAUCUAUGGAUUGUUGUGGUAGUUUUCUUGGUACUCAAUGUUCAUGGUUGGCAUGCAUAUUUCUGGAUUGCAUUUCUGCCCUUAAUACUAUUGCUGAUAGUGGGCACAAAACUAGAGCACAUAAUAACAGAACUAGCACAAGAGGUUGCCCAAAGGCAUGUUGCUGUAACAGGGGAGCUUGUCGUUAAACCUUCCGAUCAUCAUUUCUGGUUCCGCAAACCUCGUCUCGUCCUCAUUUUAAUACACAUACUUCUUUUUCAAAAUUCUUUCGAGAUUGCCAUUUUCUUCUGGAUGCUGGUUAUGUAUGGUUUCAAUUCUUGCAUCAUGGGACAAGUCGGGUAUAUAAUCCCCCGUCUCGUGAUAGGGGUGCUGGUCCAGUUUGUAUGCAGUUAUAGUACAUUGCCACUAUAUGCUAUUGUAACACAGAUGGGAAGCUCAUUCAAUAGGGCAAUAUUUGGUGAAGAUAUACAAGUGAAGCUCACCGGAUGGGCUCAAAAGGUAAAGAAGAACAAGCCCAACAGGAAAACUGUUGGCGGCGGUGGCAGCAGUGGUGGUGGGGGCGGGGGCGAGGGCAGCGGCUCAAACCAAGUGAGUGAUAAAGAGCCUCCCUCACCACUUCCGCCGGCAGCAAUUGGUCAGCAGUCGGCAACCGAAUCCACUAUUGAGUCGGAUGAUCGUAAAUGAGAUCAAGUAUCGGACACAAUUCUUAAAUUAUACUUAUUUUGGAAAAAUGGAUGUAAUUUUUAUCAUUAAAUUGUUGCAACAAUUUUACACUUUUAAUAUUAUUUUUA